AGGUAAUGUCAACGCUGCAUCGGUGUGCAUUGCAAGCAAUUUAUUGCAGUUUUCUCUAUAAAUAGUCUCAAUUUUAGCAUUCCAAAUGGAGGUCCUAGUCGCUAACGUAGAUCAUAUCAAAUUCGACAUAGAUUUUGCAUUAGACGAGCAAUAUGGAGCUUUACCGUUGCCGUUUCCCGGAAUGGAUAAGUCCACGGCAGCAGUAUGCGAAUUUUACAGUCAACCCAAUGGAUGUACAAAUGGACCUCAGUGUCCUUACAGACACGUCCGCGGCGACCGCACGGUGGUUUGCAAGCAUUGGCUGCGCGGUCUGUGCAAGAAGGGCGACCAGUGCGAGUUCCUUCACGAGUAUGAUAUGUCAAAAAUGCCGGAGUGCUACUUCUACGCCCGUUUCAAUGCGUGUCACAAUAAGGAGUGCCCGUUUCUUCAUAUAGACCCGGAGAGCAAGAUCAAAGACUGUCCCUGGUACGACCGCGGUUUCUGCCGGCACGGGCCGCAUUGCCGCCACCGUCACGUUCGCCGCGUGCUCUGCACCAACUACUUGGCUGGACUGUGCCCUGAUGGGCCCUCCUGCAAGUACAUGCACCCGCGAUUUGAGUUGCCUGCUCCGCCCGAACAAACUAAGGAUGCCAAGCGGUUGCCUGUUUGUCACUACUGUUCUGAAGUCGGACAUAAGGCGUCGUCGUGUAAUAAGAUACCAGCAGAGCAACGCGAAGCAGCCCAACGCCAAGAAGAGGCCCGGUACCGAGCGCUCGGCUACAUCAAGCCAGCCAACGAGAACGAGAACUCCGAGAACCCCCGCAUGCAGCGCAUGAUGCACAAGCCUCUUGAGGAAGUCACCUGCUUCAAGUGCGGCACGAAGGGACAUUAUGCCAACCGGUGCCCGAAGGGGCAUCUCGCUUUCCUGUCGAGUCAGAAUCAAAAUCCGCAGAACCAAAACCAGUGGCUUAGGGACAAACAACAGCAACAGCAGCAACAGCAGUGAUAGUGUUAAGUUUUAGUUUUGAU